AUGACUGAAUCACAAUCGUCUCCUCAGGAGAAUAACAACAAUAAACGCUACUCAAUCAACAAAAAAGAUGUCCUACUGGGUGUACUUUCCGUAUUCAUUCCUCCAAUCCCAGUCAUAAUGAGAAAGGGUUUCUUUAGUAGGGAUUGUUUACUAAAUUUACUACUAUUUAUACUGUUUUUCUUUCCUGCCAUCAUCCAUGCCCUCUACGUCAUUUAUGAAACAAGUGAAUUAAGAACAAAGGAUGAAACUACAAUUACAGCCAACACCACUGAAGAUAGAGUCCCAUUGACAAGUAACUACGAUAACGAUAUGAACAAAACAAGAGGAAACCCAUCAUUUGCCACAGAUUUGGAACAAGGUAGCAGUACUUUACCAGCUUAUGAAGAAGUAGUCAAGGCACCAAUCCCAGCAGUUUCUGAUAACAAAGUUCAAUUCAAUCAAAACCCUUAA